AUGUCUUCGCAGAAUGUUGAAAAUCCGGAAGUUAUUAUGAAAGAAGAAAUAAAUCGUGUUAUGGAAGAUGUUGAUACUACUGUACACGAAUUUGACCCUGACGCUCCUCCUGAAGUAAAGGCUAAACAAGUUCAAGAGAGUAGCGGUGUUGAUCCUACUGCUGCUUCUAGUAGUAAAACUACAGGAGUUAUUGAGGGUGAUACUACUAGUACGAACCUUCCUGGAGCUUUACCUCAUUUAGCAGUAGAGUCUGCUUCUGAAAUUCCAGAAUGGGCACGUAUCGGUUGGAAAAAUAUUGUGGAACUUGAUUCAAAGGCUCCAGAAAAAGUAUUUUAUGAUGAAAUAUUAGGAGAAAUGUAUUUUGGUCAGCUUUGGUUAAAUGCAGCUGUUGUUUUUGUCGCAGUAUUUUCCACUUAUUUUGUCACAUUAUUUGGUGGUGGGCUUGGUUGGGUUCUUAUAAUUUGUGCUUUUGUUGCUACAUAUUUCAGAAACUCAGUUCGAAGAUUUCAUCGUAAUGCACGUAGUGAUAUUGCACGUGAACUUGCAAAAGAAAAAUUGGAAACUGAUUCAGAAACAACCGAGUGGAUAAAUGAAUUUUUACAUCGCUUUUGGAUGAUAUAUGAACCAGUAUUAUCAGCAACAAUUGUACAAAUCGCUGACGGUAUAUUAUUAUCAUCGACACCUUCAUUUUUAGAUUCUAUUCGCUUGACAACUUUUACUUUAGGAUCAAAGGCUCCUAUUAUAGAAUCUGUUAAAUCUUAUCCAAAUGCUGAAGAUGAUGUUGUGAUCAUGGAUUGGAGAGUUUCAUUUGUUCCAAACGAUAUUGCCAAUAUGACUAGAGCUCAAUUAAUCAAAAAAGUUAAUCCAAAGAUUAUCCUCACUAUUCGUGUUGGAAGAGGAAUGGUAGGAGCUGGGCUUCCAGUCUUAUUGGAAGAUAUAUCUUUCUCCGGACUUAUGAGAAUCAAAUUGAAGUUGAUGAAUACAUUCCCUCAUGUAAAAACUAUUGGUUUGAGCUUCUUGGAAGAACCAAAAAUUGAUUAUGUUUUAAAACCAAUUGGUGGCGAAACUUUUGGAUUUGAUAUUGCCAAUAUUCCUGGUUUAUCUGACUUCAUUCGUAAUCAAAUUCAUGCUAAUUUAAGCCCAAUGAUGUACGAUCCAAAUGUGUUUGUUUUAGAUGCUGAGUCUUUGGUUGGUGGUUACCCAAUAGAAACUGCUAUUGGUGUUCUUGAACUUAAGAUUAUAUCUGCAAAGAAACUUAGAAAUGUAGAAAGAUUCGGCACUUCUGACCCAUAUGUGAAAUUGACGAUACUUGGUCAAGCUGAAUUGGGUCGUACUAAAGUGAUUGAUGAUUCAUUAGAUCCGGUUUGGGACGAAACUCAUUAUUUAGUAUUGAAAACAUUAAGCGAAGUCUUGAAAUUUGAAAUAUAUGAUGCUAAUGAAUUCACCGCAGACAAACUUUUAGGAAUUGCUACAUUUUCUUUAAAUAGCUUAAUUGAUAAUCCGGAACAAAAUCAAGUUACUGCACAAGUUUUAUUUGAGGGUAAACAAUAUGGAGAGAUUUUGUUCAAUGUUAAAUGGUAUCCUGUGGCAGUGGCAAAAGAAGGAGAACCUGUUCCUGAUUCUACUAAAGAUCUUAAUCCAAAUCUUUCUUUAGUUGGGCAGUAUAAUCCUUAUGCAGAAUUAUUAUUAAAUGACAAACCAAUCUUCAGAUCGAAAACUUUGAAAAGAACGAAUAAUCCUAUUUGGGAGGAACCUACCGAAUUGUUUGUCACAAAUAGAAAAGGCGCACAAAUCUCUGUUAUUGUUAGGGAUUCACGUGAUUUUUCUGUAGAUCCAAUAGUUGGAAGCUACAAGUGUAAAUUGAGUACUAUCUUGGAAGCUACAAGUGAUAAUGAUUGGUUCAAGGUUCAAGAUGCGCCACCUGGUAAAUUAAGAUUAAGCUGUCAAUGGAAACCAGUAUUGAUCGAAAAUCCUCAUGUUGCUAUAGAUGCUGAACCUAUCGGUAUGGUCAAACUUCAAAUUAAAAAGGCUGAAGAUCUUAAAAUACCAGGAAAAUUUAAUGAGUGGAAUCAAAAUUUUUAUAUUCCCGUACAUUCCGAGAAAGAAAUUAUAUCAAUACAAAUUUUACAUGGUGAACCUAAUGGCUCUAAAGAUAAAAAGAUUGGAGUUGUUGAAUUUGAUUUGAAAGACUUGAUUAAAGUUAAUGAAGACAAAUAUGAAUCUGAAGGUGUCUUUGAUACAUCCAAAACUAUUAAUGAUGAAUUGGGAGGCACUAUUUAUUAUUCAGCCAGUUUCCAUCCAAUCAUUCCCCUUAAUAAUGUGACUAUUACAGAAACGGAGAAAAAUGUCGAUUUAGCAGAGCAAACAGAAAGGGUCGAAGUAGUUGAAAAUACUAAUGUUUUGAAUUAUACAUCUGGAAUUUUAACUAUAAAAUUUGUUCAAGCUAAUAUUGAAAAAAAAGAUAUAUCAUUGGAAUUAUAUGUAGAUAAUGAUGAAUUCCCUGUUUACAAUACAAGUCGUUCCAGAUCUUCGAAUCCUUGUUGGAAUGAAGUUGCUAAAAUUUUUGUGAAGGAACUUGGGUAUUCCAGAAUUAGAUUAUAUGUCAAAUCAGGAGAAGGGAAAAGACCAAUUGGUACAAUUGUACAUGAUAUCAAAAAAUUAAUUGAAAAAUCUCAAUCGUCAACAGAUGGCAGUUGGUUAAAAGCUCCUGAACUAGAAAAUGCCCAAUUUAAUAUUUCUGUGAAUUAUCUUCCCGUAAAAUAUGAAUUGGAUCCUUCUGAAAGUUUAAAAAAUAUGGGUCGGUUAUCAAUAACCAUCAAUAGUGCUAAAAUAUUAGAAGAAGUUUGUAAAUCAGGCAGUAUUGACGCAUAUUUAUUUUUUAUACUUAACGGCGAAAAGAUUUUUAAAUCAAAAACAAUUAAGCAAUCAUUAAAUCCUGUUUUUGACGAGAAAUUUGAAGCAAAAAUUGUGAUUGAUUGGAAUCAAAUUGCAGCAGAUGAGAAAUUGGCUGUUGGAAAGAUUCCAAUUGAUGAUCUUGAACCAACCAAACUAACUGAGAAAGAGAUCCCUAUUACUAGUAUCAAGGAUCCAAAAAUUUCAUAUGGAACUGUUUAUUUGGAAUUAUUAUUUACGCCUGAUUUCUUGGACAAAGAAACACAACAAAGAGGACCUAUUAAUGGAGCAAAAAGAACUCUAUCUGGAAUUGGUAGCACGGCCAUUUCAGGUGGAGAUAAAAUCCUUAACGCAGGUAGUAGCUUAGUUGGUACAGUAGGUAGUGGAAUAGGGUCAGUAGGUGGUUUUUUUAAUAAAAGAAAUAGUGGUGGUAUUGAUCCACAUAAAAAUGGAGAAGUUACUUCAGGAUCUAUAAAUCCCGAGUUAAAUGGAUCUAGAAAAAAUUCAACUAAAAGUGUUAAUCAAUCGGAAGAAAAUAUUGGUAUACCUGGUACCUUGACAUUAUCUAUUCCUGAAGCGAAAGAAUUACUUCCUACUAAUAAAAGCGGUUUGAGUGAUCCUUAUUUCAAGGUUAAAAUAGACAAAAAAGAGAUAUUCAAAUCUGAUGUGAUAAAGAAAAAUCUAUCUCCUCAAUGGAAAUCUUCAAAAGUUCAAAUUCCAAAUAUAACUGGUGGACCAAUAACAUUACAUAUCUUUGUUAAAAAACAUCAUCUAGUUGGUAAAGAUGAAGAUAUUGGAGAGUAUGAUUUGAAUUUGUGGGAACAUAUUAAACCGGGUGCCUUUACAGAAGAUACGUGGGUAAAUUUAACAAAAGUUAAUCGCG